UUUUUUCUGACACAGGAAAAAAAACACAAGAUGAAGAUGAAUGUCACCCACCAGCAUAACAUGGAGGAGUUCACUCUCCUCGGACUGGACACUUUCCCCAGGCUGAGUAUUGUCCUGUUCAUCCUCCUCUUCCUCGUCUACAUUCUUAUACUGCUCGGCAAUCUUCUCAUCAUAGUUACGGUGCAUUUUGAGGCCCGUCUCCAUUCAGCCAUGUAUUAUUUCCUCAGCAAGUUAUCCUUGGUAGACCUGUGCUAUGCAUCCGUGACUGUCCCAAAGAUGCUGGUCGACUUUCUAUUACAGAAAAACACAAUCUCCCUCAACUCCUGUAUCACUCAGCUCUUUUUCUUACACUUUUUUGCCGGAACUGAGUGCAUCCUUCUUACCGUCAUGGCGUAUGACCGUUAUGUUGCCAUAUGUAACCCUUUACGGUAUUCUAGUAUUAUGAAAAGGACCACCUGUCACUUGCUGGAAGCUGUGUGCUGGGCCGUAAGCUUUUUCCACUCCAUCAUCCAGAUAAUAUUAACCUGUCAACUGAAGUUCUGUGGGCCAAACAGAAUCGACCAUUUCUUCUGUGACAUCCAUCCCUUGUCUGUAUUAUCCUGCUCCGAUAUCUUCAUCAUUGAGAUUGUAUUUGUGGCAAACAGCGGCAUGAUAUCUGCCCUGUGUUUUAUCGUCUUGCUCAUCUCCUACAUAGGGAUUAUCAGAACCAUAGUAAACAGCAAAUCUGCAGAAGGGACAAGCAAAGCCUUUUCCACCUGUGCCUCCCAUCUCAUUGUGGUCACCCUGUUCUUCGGCCCUUGCGUUUUUAUCUACUUGAGGCCCUCUGUAUCUUAUGCGGCUGAUAAAAUGGUGUCAAUAUUUUAUACAGUGCUGACACCUUUAUUAAAUCCGAUCAUAUAUACCUUGAGAAACAAGGAGGUAAAGGCGGCCAUCAAGUCAUUCUUGGGAAAGAGACUGUGCAAGAGGAGUUAA